GGAAUCGCUAAUUAGGUGUUAUCACACGAGCUACUGUAUGAUGUAAAUAUUCCUAAAUUGAAAUCCAGGAUACAACUCCAUCACAUCCAAAUCCGCAAAUGUGUCUUUGUGUCAGCUAAUUAUGCAAAUUACAUUCUCGCUGUUUCUUUUUCUCUUUGGUUGAUGAUUGCUUUGCUCCCGAAUGAAUUCGUGAAUUUACCUGAUUUUGUAUCGCGGUGAUCGUGGCGAAAAGGAGGGAUUAUGGCCACUGUUGAUGUGAUCAAUUGUUGCCUAGAUACAAUCAGACAAUUGUCGGAGAGCAUCAAAGAUGCAAUUGUGUACUUGGAUGCUGGAAGUUCGGAGAGUUUCCAGAUUCUAGGAGCAUUUCCUUUGUUUCUGGAGCUUGGGGCCCGUGCUGUUUGUAGCUUGGAGAACAUUUCGACUCUGGAGAAGGUUGUUAGCUGGAAUCCCAAUUCUGAUCCUGCAAGGAAGAUUGUGGUUUUCACAUCACGUCUUCUCAGUGACGCACAUCGAUAUAUUUUGCGUUGUCUGAGCACACUGCAAACCGUCCACCAUUGUGCUGUGCAUACGUCUGUCUCAGAGGUGGCUCACUCAUCAUUUCCUGAAUCUCCUCUGGGCCCUGAUGCUUUUCGUGAAUACGAAUCUUUGCUCAAGCAAGAUUACGAGGAGCUUGUUAAGAAACACGAAACAGAUGGUACAGUGUCAGGCAACAACUCUUUGAAGGAAAGUACGGCCUUUGAAGAUGAAGGGUGGUCCCACCUAACCCCCUUUGAAGAUGAUAUUUCCAGAUCUGAUGGCAUUUCAAGUGAUAAACUACCAAAGGAAGAUAACUUUACUGGCUACUCUGAAGAUGUGGGUGGAAAACUGUCAGUCUCGGUGCACCACUUUCCAUUGAUUUUGUGUCCUUUGUCACCCAGAGUUUUCGUCUUACCUUCAGAAGGAUAUGUUGCUGAAGCAAGCUUAUCUACUGAUCAUGAAAAUUCCAUAAGCUCUGGUUUGCCUCCGAUAAGUGCUGGGAAUCUUGCUAAUAUUGAGGAUAUCAGUCCUGGGGCAACUCUUACUGCUCAAUUUCUUUAUCAUUUGGCAUUGAAGAUGGAUCUAAAACUGGAAAUAUAUUCUCUGGGUGAUCUGUCAAAAAAUGUUGGAAAGCUUUUAACAGACAUGUCUAGUCUAUACGAUGUUGGUCGACGUAAAAAAUCUGCUGGCCUUCUGCUCAUUGACCGUACACUCGAUCUUCUUACCCCAUGCUGUCAUGGAGACUCACUUGUGGACCGGAUGUUUUCAUUCUUGCCUCGUAGGCGAAGGAUAACGUUCUCAAACCAGAUGAAAGGUUCUCAAAGCCAACUAAAAAGUGGACUUGUUAAACUGGAGCGUGCUCCUCUUACUGUACAGGUUCCACUAGAAGAGUUCAUUACUGAAAAAGAUUCAAAAUGUGAUUUUCAGCUUUUGGACAGCAUCGAAGCAUUUUUACGUGGCUGGAAUGCCAUCGAUUCCGAUGUUCAAACUGUUGAGUUGAUGAAAUUCAGUAAGAAACUAAAUGAUGAAAAUUGGCCUCAUCAUAAUCACGGUGAACUUUUGCACGGCUCCUUUGUCUCUACAGACAAUUUUCGCGGAGCACCUUACCUGGAAGCAAUACUUGAGCGGAGGACCAAAGAUGGGGCAAUGCUUAUCAAGAAAUGGCUUCAAGAAAGCUUGCGACAAGAGAAAAUAUCUUCGAAUGUGAAAAUUCGUCCUGGAUUCCCUUCUAAAUCUGACUUACAGUGCAUGGUGAAGGCACUAUCCAAAAGUCAGUCCACUUUUAUCAAGAACAAAGGAAUAAUUCAGUUAGCAGCAGCCACUUUACAUGCUUUAGAUGAAUCACAUUCUGCAAACUGGGACGCAUUUAACAGUGCCGAGAAGAUUCUACAUGUAAAUGCUGCAGACACGAGCCAGAGCCUGGCGGCUCAAAUCAGUGACCUCAUCAAUAAAACCUCUCUUGUGGCUUCACAAAAUAAAGCGGAGAAAUCUCAGGGACUGUUCUCUCUUGAAGAUGCCCUGCUUUUAACAAUUAUUGGGUAUUUGUUGGCUGGUGAGAAUUUCCCAACCUCCGGCUCUGGUGGUCCAUUCUCAUGGCAGGAGGAGCACUUCAUGAAAGAAGGUAUUGUGGACUCCAUCCUCGAGAACCCAGCUGUCUCGAAACUAAAGUUUCUUCAAGGGCUGGAGUAUCAUUCCUCCACAGUGGGCCGUCUUUUCAAAAGUGGUUUUGGAAGAUUUGGCCUUGGGCAGGUUAAACCUAGUCUUGUUGAGCAGAAUGUGAUCUUGGUUUUUGUAAUUGGAGGCAUCAAUGCUGUGGAGGUACGAGAAGUCCAGGAAGCUUUGACUGGAAGCAGCAGGCCUGAUGUUGAAAUAAUACUCGGAGGAACUACUUUUCUCACUCCUGAUGACAUGCGUGAGUUACUUUUGGGUGAUUACUCUCAUAUUUAAGUGAAAACUUGGUAUCGGGAUGUAUUGGAACGUGAAUGGGAAUUGCAGUUUUGAACGAUGCAGCUCUGGUUUUUCCCGCUUGACGACUGUGAUUCAACUUUCUUGUGUAGCUAUGCGAUAUGUACACAAUAGUAUAAGAAGCACAACAUAGCCAUAGUAUAGGAGAUCGGUCAUUGUUGAACGGUUACAUUUCUGUUCAGCCCCUUUAUGAAUUAAAUGAGCGAGUUGAUACGUUGGCCAACGAAUUAAAAAUAGAGAAAAUUAUAUAUUUAGUCCUCUAUGUUUGACUACCUCAACUUUUUAGUCCUUUUUGAAUAGCUUAUUUGAAUUUAGC